AUGGAAUCCACAUUCUCCCGUUUAGUUGGCCGAGAAUGUCAUUCCCGGGCUUCAUUCUGCUGUUCGGUUCUAGUAGGCUCCAAAUGGUACUGGAUUGCUACUAUAGUUUACUGGUAUUUGCUUGCUAUUACUUUAGCUCGUGGCAGGAAGUUUGUGGAAUGCUUUUCGCCAUCUGUUAGAGUUAAGCUCAGCUUUGUCUUGUUUUUGGAUCUUAGUUUAUGGCUAGGCGCAGUGUUUUUUUGUGUGUUGAAUAUGUAUAAAUCAAAUAAGAAAUAUAGGGAAAUAGUUAUAGAAAGAGGUAGUGGAGGAGACGAUGAGGACUCUCCCUGUAGAGAUACAAAUCAGUUUCCGAAGGUGAUGAACAAGCCGAUUCAUCCGCCGAUUGAAACCCAUUUCCUCCUCCCUUCUCCUCCACCUCAAGAAGCAAAGAAGCCGACGAGUUCAUCGGGGCUUAAGUCUGUGCUUUUGUACCCACUCAAGGUUCGUGAUUCAUUGAAGAGACUCCGGAAGAGCAAAAGCAUGGAAACGAUCCUAGAAGGAACUCACGAUCCGAAAGACGAACAAAUUGUUCAGUCUUUCCGCGAAUUACUCUUCCUUGAGGAUCAGUUACCGGCAAAGCACAAUGACUAUCAUACACUUUUACGGUUUCUAAGAAUGAGAGAUUUUGAUCUGCAAAAAGCAAAAGAAAUGUUUCUGAAUUAUCUUCAAUGGCGCAAGGACUAUGGAGUUGAUACAAUUCACGAGGAUUUCAAGUUCGACGAGCUUGCAGAGGUGAAGAAAUGCUACCCUCAUGGAUUUCAUGGCGUCGAUCGAAUUGGUAGACCGAUAUAUAUAGAAAGGGUCGGGAUGGUAGACCUGAAUGCAUUGCUACAAGUAACCAGCAUAGACAGAUUUGUUAAGUAUCAUGUAUCAGAACAAGAGAAAACUCUAAAUUUGAGAUUCCCUGCAUGCUCAAUUGCAGCCAAGAGGCAUGUAGCAUCCACCACUAGUAUCUUAGACGUGAAGGGAGUUGGAAUGUCUAAUUUCUCAAAGCCUGCAAGAUAUCUCUUCAUGGAAAUUCAGAAGAUUGACAGCAAUUGCUACCCAGAGACCCUAAACCAGCUCUUCAUUGUCAAUGCUGGGUCUGGGUUCAGGAUGCUUUGGAAGGUCAUCAAGGCCUUCAUGGAUGCACGAACCUUGGCGAAAAUUCAUGUGCUGGGAUCUAAUUACCUUAACAACCUAAUUGAAGUGAUUGAUCCUAGUAAUUUGCCGACAUUUCUCGGCGGAAGCUGUACAUGUGCCGACAAUGGGGGUUGCUUGCUUAGUGAUAAAGGGCCCUGGAAGAAUCGGGAAAUUACAGAGAUGCUUCAGGCAAUUUCUGCAACAGAAGAGAGAAAUGAUGAAGGAAAUGGUGACCUAGCUUCAGGAGAUUCUUUGAUGCAUGAUACAGUAAGCGUCUCUAAGCAGGAUAAUGGUAGAAUUAAAGAAGAGUUGAGAAAGGAGGAAAGCGCAGUGAAUGGUAAAAUUGCAGCACCAGAGCUCAAGGCACUGGAGGCUGCACUUGCAGAGACCAGUAAAAAAAUUGAUGCAUUGGAAAUGGCUCUUGAGGACACCAAGAUGGUCCUUAGAGGGCUUGCACAGCAUAUUAAAGAUCUGAAUGCUUAAACUUACCGAUAAGUAUGACCAAGCUGAAUGCAUAUUUUCCUUUGUUGCUCGAAGAACUAAAGGUGGAGGAUAAAAGGUUCACGAGCUCCCCUGCCAGCAAGCU